CUUUCGUUCCCUCUUUUCUUUUCUGCACCCUAUUUUCCGCCUCCACUCCCACCCUCCCCCUCCAUAGUGCCGUCUGGCCUUCCCCUCAAUAGAGUCAUGGAUGCACAGACGUAUGCAGCCAACAGCACAGGAUGCAGCAGCAACGUGCAUAGCAUAGACAGCACUGCAACUGCAACAGGGACCGCAACAGGAACGCAUAAAGGCGCAGUGGAUCCACCUACAGCACCCGAUACAUUCGUAUCGCCCGCCAAUUAUCAUUCCCCCCACAUUUACACCGCAGCUACAACUUCUUCCCCACCCUCGUCCUCGUCUUCCUCAUCUUCUCAUUACUCGCCCACACUCGCUAUACCCUAUCCGCUCGUCUAUUCCUCCCCCUCUCUCAUCGACUCCAACCAGCCUUCUGCUCGUCACCACCAUACUCCUCAUCCCUACUCCCAAUCGCACAUUGAUUCAUACUCUCAUUCGCGCUCUUAUUUGCACUCUCAUUCGCACUCUCAUUCGUACUCAGAUCCGCAUUCAGACCCACAUUCAGACCUGCGCUCAAAUCCACACUUUGCAUUCUAUUCCCUACCACUGCAAUUGUCACAAUACCCAACAGCCCUCCCAGCACUGCCUCCCACUUCUCACACCCAGCCAGACUCAGAUUCAGCACCGUAUUCACAUUUUCCACCGCACUGGUCCUCAACGUCCUUACCCCUCUCUCCCGACAGCAGCACCGCAGCCAUGUCCACAUAUCCACCACCGCCCCUGCUCCCACCUCCGCCAUCAGAAACGACGCUUGGUUCACCAGCUGAAACAGACGUGGCUGCCCACAACACUUCCUCAGCUACAGCCACACGUCCUCGCUCAGUUAUUGACAUGGCCAUCGACAACACGAGUAUCAGCCCUGCAGGCCGAAGAGUCCGCAGAAAUGCUCUGGGUCGGAUAGUCGGCCGCUGGGGGAACAUUCCCCGGAACGCUCGUAUAUUUCUCGUCCUCAGCGGUAUCAUGACGCUCGCCAAGAUAAUAGCAACAAUCGUGGUACUGAUCUUGGACAGGAACGCGUCAUGCAAGAAUAUCAUAUUUCUGAAGGUCUUGAUCAUCCUCUACGCCGUUCGUGCCGCCAUUUCGUUUCCCUUCGCGAUCUAUGCUCACAUGCAUCCACGCGUCCAGGGCGCACCACUCACAACUCGUGAUAUCAUCCUGGAGCGACAACGAACCACGAUGGAGAUUGCAGGAACCUGUCUGUUCUUCUUGUCCAACUACUUCCUGUUCACGGUGGGAGAGUGUCGCAGUGAAGCCCCUGGAGUUUACUAUCUGACAGUUGUUCAUGUGAGCCUGGGAUACAUUGUUAUCCUGAUCCCUAUCAUCCUGUGUCUGGCGGUGAUCCUGUGUUUGCCCCUUGUUCUCCGUAUCAUGCGAGCACUGGAUCUGGGACCUGUUGCGGGCGUCAAGGGAGCGACUGAAGAGAUGAUUGCUGUAAUUCCAAUCGUCAAGUAUAGGAAACCGGUUAUGUCUGAGACAGAGGGCGGAAAUGGCAACGGAAGCACUAUAGUUGAAAUUGGCGAAAACUCUGUAGACAGGAUUGAGCCGAUUGGAGGCAUGAUGCCGCCGAUCACAUCUACAACGGCAUCGUCAAAUCCAGCGCAAACGUCUCUAUCAGACACAUCUUCUACGUCAUCAUCAUCCUCUAGAAGAUCCAAGGGAGGUCUGUUUGGGUUCUUCAGGAAAAGCAAGAAGGCUUCGAGUAUGGCCAAACUACCAGAGAGCUCAUCGGGAUCGAAUACGACUUGCGAAUACUUGACCUUGACGGAUCCUCAGGAUGCAGUGUGCGCCAUCUGUCUGUGCGACUAUGAGAACGACGAGGAACUGAGAAAAAUGAACUGUAACCAUUACUUUCACAAGGACUGUGUCGACGAAUGGUUGCGACUGAAUCGCAAUUGUCCUCUCUGUAAGCGGGAUAUCGAAGAGCUGGCAGGAGUAAGAGCACCGACAACAGCAACAGGGUCAAGUGCAGCGCCAACAUCGCCCUCGUCAUCCUCAUCGCCCUCGUCAUCCUCAUUGCCCUCGUCAUCCUCAUCGCCGCCUCCACUACAGCCUGCACCAGGGCCAAGAGCGACGACUUUAGGAUCUGUAGAACGAUAAACCGCAGCUUACAUGUCAGAUUUGCAAUAGACUGUACUAUAGAGUACUGUUAUCCAAUACAGAAGCGCAGAUCGUCUCCAAAAAAAAGAAAAAAAAAGUGAGUACAGGGACAUUGUCAGAAGAGCAUGGAGGAGAGUGUGAAAUGGAACUGCAGUGGACUACAUGUGUAUGUAUCCUAUGAACCUUCUGGAGUGAACAGGAAUUGGUGCAAUCCGUAGAAAAGGAGUACGACGCGCAGGACUGAAACAUACUGAACCGAGGGAACGGAAACGCGUAAUAUCAUUGGUUCACCAGAG